AUGAACUCGAUCGGAUCCGUCUGGAAGCCUGACGCCACGGGCCAGUCCCCGAAGCAGGUCCCCUAUAUCCCCCACCUCAAGCUCAACGAUGGCAACGAGAUCCCCAUGCUCGCCUACGGCCUCGGCACGGCCAACUUCAAGAAGGGUGGUGGCUCGUACGACGAGAAGAUUGUCGAGAUCACGACGGCGGCCAUCAAGGCCGGCUACUUCCACCUCGACGGCGCAGCAGUCUACGGCAACGAGGAGGAGCUCGGCGCGGCCAUCAAGGCGGCCGGCGUCCCGCGCGAGAAGCUCUACGUGACGACCAAGCUCGCGGGCACGAAGAAGGAGCCGAUCCAGCAGGCGUUCGAGACGUCGCUGCGGAAGCUCGGCCUCGACUACGUCGACCUCUACCUCAUCCACGCGCCCUUCUUCGCCGACGGCGACGGCGGACCUGCAGCAUACGACGUGAUCUGGGGACAUGACAUACGAGGGUGUCCCCCUGAGCAAGCCUAA